AGUCUUACGUCUUCCGGAAACGGAGCUCCGGACUCGCCACUGCUGGAUUUGCGACAGCGGCGGUGGUGGGCACGGCGGAAGCGAAGAGGAUCGAAGGGGCCGGGGGCCUAGCUCCAGCGCGGGGCUGGAGAACCAUGGACGAAGCGGGCAGCUGUGCGAGUGGCGGAGGCUUCCGCCUGGGCGUGGACAGCCUGGACGAGCCUCCCAACAGCCGCAUCUUCCUGGUGAUCAGCAAAUACACGCCCGAGUCGGUACUGAGGGAGCGCUUCUCACCCUUCGGCGAGAUCCAGGAUAUCUGGGUGGUGCGGGACAAGCACACGAAGGAGUCCAAGGGCAUCGCCUUCGUCAAGUUCGCCCGCAGCUCGCAGGCCUGUAGGGCUAUGGAGGAGAUGCACGGCCGAUGCCUCGGCCCCAACGACACAAAGCCUAUCAAGGUUUUCAUUGCUCAGUCCAGGUCAUCUGGAAGCCACCGAGAUGUAGAAGAUGAAGAACUUACAAGAAUCUUUGUGAUGAUACCAAAAUCCUACACAGAAGAAGAUCUACGGGAAAAAUUUAAGGUGUAUGGAGAUAUCGAGUAUUGCAGCAUUAUUAAGAAUAAAGUCACUGGCGAAAGUAAAGGUUUGGGCUAUGUUCGAUACUUAAAACCAUCACAAGCUGCCCAAGCAAUAGAAAACUGUGAUCGAAGUUUUAGGGCAAUCUUGGCUGAACCCAAAAAUAAAGCAUCUGAAGCUUCAGAACAAGAUUAUUAUAGUAACAUGAGGCAGGAGACUUUGGGGCAUGAACCUAGAGUAAAUAUGUUUCCAUUUGGAGAGCAACAACCUGAAUUUUCAAAUUUUGACAAGAAUGACAACAGAGGCCAGGAAGCUAUCUCCAAACGCCUGUCAGUUGUAUCAAGAGUUCCUUUCACUGAAGAGCAGCUUUUCAGCAUUUUUGAUAUAGUACCAGGAUUGGAAUACUGUGAAGUUCAACGAGAUCCUUAUUCAAAUUACGGUCAUGGAGUGGUUCAGUAUUUUAACGUAGCAUCAGCUAUUUAUGCAAAAUACAAGUUACAUGGAUUUCAGUACCCUCCUGGAAAUUGGAUAGGUGUUUCCUUCAUUGAUGAUGGGAGUAAUCCAACAGAUCUCCUUAGAAAAAUGGCAACACAGAUGGUAGCUGCACAGCUUGCCUCAAUGGUGUGGAAUAACCCAAAUCAGCAGCAAUUUCUGCAAUUUGGAGGAAGUUCUGGAUCACAGUUGCCUCAAAUCCAGACAGAUGUUGUACUUCCAUCAUGCAAAAAAAAAGCCCCUCCUGAAACUCCUGUGAAAGAAAGACUUUUUAUCGUGUUUAAUCCUCAUCCUUUACCUUUAGAUGUAUUAGAGGAUAUAUUCUGUCGUUUUGGUAACCUGAUCGAAGUUUACCUUGUGUCAGGAAAAAAUGUGGGGUAUGCCAAGUAUGCAGAUAGAAUAAGUGCUAAUGAUGCGAUUACGACUCUACAUGGAAAGAUCCUGAAUGGAGUCAGACUUAAAGUUAUGCUGGCGGAUUCCCCAAGAGAAGAAUCUAACAAACGGCAAAGAACUUACUGAUUCUUGAG